UUACGAGCAGGGUCUCGCUAUUACCACGCCUCAUAAUUGCCAGAUUCCUCAAUCGUUACCGUUCGUUAAGGAAUAUAUCCAUAGUCGCGUUGCCUCUCGAGGAGGAAGUCUCUUGACCUUUUUAACCUGCCCACGUUAAUUAUUCACACAUAAUCAACCAUGAAGUACUCGGCCGCUCUCUCUCUGGCCGUGGCUCCUCUAGCCAUGGCUAAGGCUAUCCGAAAUGUCUACCCCGUAGAGGCACGAAAUAAGCAUUUGGAGCGUCUAGGUGGCUCCAAUGCCAUAGCAGUUGAGGCCACCAACACUCAGAUUAUAAUCAUUUGGGUGAACCCCGGAGCCGGCGCCGAGACAACGACAAUCCAGGAAGCCGUAACGGUUACGCAGACAGUUACAGCCGGCGCACAAGAGACCAAUGUAGGGACUGCGACCAUCGCCCCUGGCGAGACAACCACUGUAGCAGGAACGGGGGCUACCCAUACCGUACAGGUUGGUGGUUCUGCUGGUUUAGCCUACUCGCCCCCCGAAAUCAAGGCUGCAGUUGGCGAUAUGGUUAUCUUCACAUUCAUGAGCCAAAACCACACUGUUACCCAGUCUACCUUCGGCCUGCCAUGCGAUCCCAUGGAAGGCGGUAUGGAUUCGAACUUCCAGCCUAACAUGGAUAACUCCGUCGUCCCUGCUCCCCAGGUCGCCAUGCAAGUCAUGACUGGAGAACCCCUCUGGUUCUACUGCAAGCAAAAGGGUCACUGUGGAAAGGGUAUGGUUUUCUCCAUCAACCCCACCGCUGAGAAGUCCCAAGCCCUCUUCCAAUCAAUGGCCAUCCAGCAGAAGGGUCAAGGUGCCGGUAGUGCCAUCACAGGCAAUGCUACCUCGAGCGCCAUCGCCAGCGACGUUGCCUCAACGCCUGUAGCCAGCGCUACCGAAGCUGCUGGUGGUGCCACCGAGACCGGCGCUGCGGGUGCUAUCCAAACCGGUGAAGGACAACUUGUCGCCGGCGCCUGCGUGUGCGCAGUUGUUUGCGGAGCUGGUAGCUUCCCAGCCGUCAACGCCCAAGGCAUUGGCAACUUUGGCGGUGUCCCAGGCGCCAUACCCGCUAGCAUGGCUGAGGUCUUCUAAAUUAACGAUACCCAUGGGCUAGAUAUGCGGGAGGAAGGGAGGCAAACGGCGGAUGAUUAUUUUGUAUAUUCAUUGCCUGCAUUUUCAGAACACACGGGCUAGACCUUGGGCGGUGCCGAUCUGGUUUUUACUUAU